CAAUCUGAAGAUCUUGAACUGUAGAAAAUUGAAUUUUUAAAACUACGUUGUUCUGGUUUUCUUUUCAAUCUUCGAUUUGACAAAUUGAUCCAAUUUUUAUCCAAAAAAAAACUACUGAUGCCGUAACUGUAGGUCUUCUGGUUCGGAAAUUUGAGUUUCUAAGGAAGUAGAAAAAGUGUGAUUUUGUUUUUAUAUAUUUAUUGAUUUUGGAUGGUUUUGAACUUUUGAAAGUACAGAUUGAUAGGAACCCGAAGAGUCAAAAUCUUUGGGCUUUUUUUCUUUUCUUGAAAAGGAAAGGAUUUGUCUGUAACGGAGAUGGUUACUAAUGGUGUAAAUGUAAGCUUUAAGAGGAGUUACUGUGUAUUUAAGUAUUGCCAGCUUGGAAUUUCGGGAGUGUCUCGACAGUUUUGAACUGGUGGGGUGUGGCCAAGAUUAUUAAGAAGAGGAUCUGUGAUUGUUUGCAAAUGUGGGCUGUGGACAGUGGAUGCCAGGUGAUUGGAAAUUGAGAAUUUUGUCUCAGUUUUAAGUAGGAAUUAUAAAUCAACUUGUCUGCAACUUCGAGAUUAGAAUUGGAGACUGCAGAGUUUGAUCGGUUCUCGGUGUUAAACCCAGAAAGGUUCUUUGUUUCGAGUUUAGAAUUUGCAUUUGCAUUUUUUUUUCCCCAGUUUUUUGAACUCGAAUCGCGAUAUCGUUCGUAUUUCUGUCGUGUCGCGUCGUGAGUAGGCUUUGAAUUCAAAGGGUCUUUUCGGUGCAACUCAAGCAUCUACUGGGUGACUGAUCUUUGGCGGUUCGCUUCGCAGCUCAGCUUUAGUUGCAAUACGUGAGUGGAAACAAGGAUCUCGACGCUGGCGUGCAGGUGUCAUAUAGUUAAGGGUUUGUAGAUUUCAAUUUUUCUUUCGCUGGAGUGUUGUCCUGAUAUGAGGAUCACGUCAAAGAUUCAGCUUUGUUAUAUCGAUUCGUGAGUGCGAACUGACGCAACGGUUUCAUAGGCACCAGCAUUAUACUCCUAAUCAAACAAUCGAUUUCCUUUGUAUGGAUUUUUUCUCGGUUUCCUCUGUUCGGAUUCAGAGUCACUGAAACGGUUAGGAAUUGAUCUUCUUCUCAGAAGGUAAGCGGUUAGUCCAUAGUGGUUAGGAGCCAUUAAACUGCAGGAAAAAUGAAGGGUGCUGUGCUUGUAGCUAUAGCUGCUGCGAUUGGGAAUAUGUUGCAGGGAUGGGAUAAUGCAACGAUUGCAGGGGCUGUUCUCUACAUUAAGGAGGAAUUUGAUUUGGAAAGUCAGCCAACAGUAGAAGGGCUAAUUGUGGCUAUGUCACUUAUUGGAGCUACGGUUAUUACAACAUGCUCUGGACCCAUAUCAGAUAUGCUCGGUCGGCGUCCAAUGCUGAUAAUCUCAUCAAUCCUCUAUUUUGUUAGUGGUAUGGUAAUGCUAUGGUCUCCAAAUGUUUAUAUCCUUCUCUUGGCAAGACUUUUGGAUGGAUUUGGAAUUGGUCUCGCAGUCACUCUUGUUCCUGUCUAUAUAUCUGAAACGGCCCCACCAGAAAUAAGGGGAAUGCUAAACACCCUUCCACAGUUCACUGGUUCUGGUGGAAUGUUUCUGUCAUACUGUAUGGUUUUUGGGAUGUCGCUGAUGGAAUCGCCAAGCUGGAGGUUGAUGCUUGGUGUUCUUUCUAUUCCCUCUCUUGUAUAUUUUGUGUUGACAAUAUUUUUCUUGCCUGAAUCCCCACGGUGGCUUGUGAGUAAAGGGCGAAUGGUUGAGGCUAAACGCGUAUUGCAGAGGUUACGUGGAAGGGAAGAUGUCUCAGGUGAGAUGGCUUUGCUGGUUGAGGGUCUUGGAGUUGGAGGUGAAACUUCAAUAGAAGAGUAUAUAAUAGGCCCGGCCAAUGAUCUGACUGAUGAACAUGACCCGACAGCUUCGAAGGACCAGAUCAAGUUAUAUGGGCCUGAAGAGGGUCUUUCUUGGGUUGCCAGACCCGUCACUGGGCAGAGUACUCUUGGUCUGGUGUCACACCAUGGGAGCAUGGAGAACCAGAGUGUACCACUUAUGGACCCUCUUGUCACCCUCUUUGGCAGUGUCCAUGAGAAGCUUCCUGAGACAGGAAGCAUGCGAAGCAUGCUCUUUCCAAACUUUGGUAGCAUGUUCAGUGUGGCAGAGCAUGGUAGAAAUGAACAGUGGGAUGAGGAGAGCCAGCAGAGGGAAGCUGAGGAUUAUGCGUCUGAUGCUGGUGGUGGUGAGUCUGACGACAAUUUGCAUAGCCCAUUGCUUUCACGUCAGGCAACAAGUAUGGAAGGGAAGGACAUAGUGCCACCUCUUGCUUCCCAUGGUAGCCACUUAAACAUGAGACGCAACAGUAGCCUCAUGCAAGGAAAUGCUGGGGAGGCAGUCAGCAGUAUGGGUAUUGGUGGUGGUUGGCAGUUGGCAUGGAAAUGGUCUGAGAAAGAAGGUGAAGAUGGAAAGAAGGAAGGGGGAUUCAAGAGGAUUUAUUUACACGAGGAGGGCUUCCCUGGGUCCCGGCGUGGCUCUCUUGUCUCACUUCCUGGUGGUGAUAUUCCUGAAGGUGGUGAAUACAUUCAUGCUGCUGCUUUAGUGAGCCAGCCUGCUCUCUACUCCAAGGAGCUUAUAAAGCAGCAUCCAGUUGGACCUGCUAUGGUUCAUCCAUCUGAAACUGCUGCAACAGGGCCAAGGUGGGGUGAUCUUUUCGAGCCAGGAGUCAAACAUGCAUUGAUUGUUGGGAUAGGGAUUCAAACACUUCAACAGUUUUCAGGCAUAAAUGGGGUUCUGUACUACACUCCUCAGAUUCUUGAGCAGGCCGGUGUUGAAGUUUUACUCUCUAAUAUGGGCCUCAGUUCAGCCUCUGCAUCUCUACUAAUUAGCGCUCUCACAACCCUCCUGAUGCUUCCUUGUAUAGCUGUUGCCAUGAGGCUUGUGGAUUUCUCUGGAAGAAGGGCACUUCUUCUCACCACGAUUCCUGUGUUGAUAGGGACACUCAUCAUUCUUGUCAUUGGCAACACUGUGACUAUGGGUACCGUCAUCCACGCUGUAAUUUCAACUAUUAGUGUUGUUGUCUACUUCUGCUGCUUUGUCAUGGCAUUUGGACCGAUUCCCAACAUCCUCUGCUCGGAGAUCUUCCCCACCCGAGUCCGUGGGCUCUGCAUUGCAAUAUGUGCACUGACAUUUUGGAUUUGUGACAUCAUUGUUACCUACACACUCCCAGUCAUGCUCACCUCCAUUGGGCUUGCCGGUGUCUUUGGUAUAUAUGCUCUUGUAUGUUGUAUCUCAUGGGCUUUCGUCUUCUUGAAAGUUCCAGAAACCAAGGGCAUGCCCCUUGAGGUUAUCCAAGAAUUCUUUGCUGUUGGUGCAAAACAGGCUGCUGCCAAGAAUGAGUAGUUUAAUGGUCAGGAACUUUAAAUGGUGCCAUUUUUUUGGCAUUCUGUGCUGCCAAAGUUGUUAUUCCUGCUGUCAGCUGCACAUUGCCUGUGCUGUUUGGAGCUAAAGAUGAUGAGAUGAUUGGUUGUGGUGGUGAUUAUAUUUAAAAAGAAGAGGUGAGCAUCAAAUGGAUGGGAGUUGGGUAAAUCAAGUAAUUAGUGUCUUGAAAGUUUGGUUGUGUUCUUCUCUUCUCUUCAACAAGUUUUGAGAGCAAGAGACUUUGAUUUCUUUCUCUGGCAUCAAAAAAUUUUCCCCCUUUUUGCUAUAUCUGUUAUUUUUGUGUUGAAGCUAUAUUUGAUUUGGUUUCAUUACUUUCUGGUGUAUAUGCAUGUAAAUGAGAGUGCGGCAUUUGUAGUCUCAAGACAGGUCGCUCGAGGAAUAUUUCAUUUGGAAUAAAUGUCACAAAUGGUUGAGGGAA